UGCUGGAAUUCUCUCACAUUUGCUGAGACUACAACAAAUGAGUACAUAGUGUAUAUGGGUGCAAAGCAGCAUGAGAAUCCAGCAGCCACUGUGAAGUCUCACCAUAACAUGCUAGCCAAGUUGCUUGGAAGCAAAGAAGCUGCCAAGAAUUCAAUUCUCUACCACUAUAAACAUGGCUUCUCUGGGUUUGCAGCUAGUUUGAGUGACUCCCAGGCAAAAGCAAUUGCAGACUUUCCAGGUGUUGUCCGAGUGUUCCCUAAUCGCAUUCAUAAACUCCAUACUACCCGAAGCUGGGAUUUUCUAGGGCUCGAUUCACACGAGUAUCAAAGUAACCUUUUGUCUAAAACUCAUAUGGGGGACGGAAUUAUUAUUGGCGUUAUAGACACAGGAAUCUGGCCAGAGUCAGAAAGCUUCAACGAUGAUAACAUGAGUCCAAUUCCAUCGCGUUGGAAAGGAAUUUGCCAAACUGGAGAGUCUUUCAAUUCCAACCACUGCAAUAAGAAACUCAUUGGUGCUCGCUGGUUCUUAAAAGGAGUUAACACCACUGGAUUUGGAGACUAUUUGUCCCCAAGGGACAAAUUGGGACAUGGCACUCACUGUUCUUCCAUAGCAGCAGGUCGUUUUGUAGAAAAUGCAAGCUAUGAAGGGUUAGGAACCGGUUUAGCUAGAGGAGGUGCACCUCUUGCUCACCUAGCAAUGUACAAGGCUUGUUGGAGUGGACUUAAUUGCCCAGAGUCAUCCUUACUAAAGGCAUUUGACAUGGCCAUACAUGAUGGAGUAGACAUUUUAUCUGUGUCUAUAGGGGCUUUGCAAUUGCCUCUAACAUAUGUUGAUUCUGGAAUUGCAAUCGGUGGAUUUCAUGCAGUAGAAAAGGGGAUAACUGUUGUUUGUUCGGCAGGAAACUCAGGCCCUUACUCUUAUACAGUUAAAAAUAUAGCUCCUUGGAUCAUCACUGUUGCAGCCACCACCAUUGACAGGGCUUUCUUCACUAAAAUUACACCUGGAAACAACCAACCUUUCCUGGUAAUGUGCCGAAGACUAGGCCAGUCCCUAUCAACUGUAAAGCACAGAGUAAUGGCUGAUAUUGUUUACUCAGAAGACCUGGCUAUGGAUAAUGUGUCUGCAGCUGAUGCAUUAGUUUGCAAGAAAGGAAGUCUGAAUGAGACAUUAGUGGCAGGAAAGGUUGUCCUUUGUUUUUUACAACCAUCUAAAGGGUAUUUUAGUGAAGCAAAUGAUACAGUUGUGAAAGCUGGAGGAGUUGGCCUUAUAUACACACAACCUCACAAUGAAUACCUCCCUUCAUGCAUUGGCAUUCCUUGUAUAAAAGUAGAUUAUGAAAUAGGGACGAGCAUAGUUUCCUACAUCACAAGGACAAGGUCAUCAGUUGUGAAGCUUAGUAAGACAAAGUCUGUAGUUGGGAAAUGGGUAUCUCCACGAGUGGCCUUAUUUUCAUCCAGAGGACCAAGUUCUUUAUCACCAACUGUGUUGAAGCCUGAUAUAGCCGCACCAGGAGUGCACAUCUUAGCAGCAUAUCCACAAACACUUACCAGUCAUGGAUAUAAAUUCCUCAGUGGAACCUCAAUGGCCUGCCCUCAUGUGGCUGGAGUAGCUGCCCUCAUCAAGUCUUUGCACAAAGAUUGGUCACCUGCAGCCAUAAAAUCAGCAAUUGUGACUACUGCCUCAGAAACUGGCACAGAUGGACAAGUAAUAUUGGCACAUGGAGAUACUCACAAGCUAGCUGACCCUUUCGACAUUGGUGGAGGGCAUGUCAAUCCCAAGAAAGUGGCAGAUCCAGGGCUUAUUUAUGAUACUAAAAUGAAGAACUACAUAGAGUUCCUCUGUUCUAUGGGCUACACCAGUAAAGAGAUUACCAACAUAAGUGGAAGAGAAGUCUCUUGUUCAAAAAAUAAGUAUUCUGAGUUAGACCUGAAUCUCCCCUCUAUCUCCAUCCCAAACCUUAAAAAUACCAUGACAGUGACUAGGACUGUGACAAAUGUGGGGUCUAUCAAUUCAUUCUACAAAGCUUUGGUGGAAUCUCCUCAUGGUGUUAGAGUGAAAGUUGAACCACAGACACUAUCCUUCAAUUCAUCCAUCACCAUGCUUUCAUUCAAAGUGACAUUUACUUCUACUCAGAAGUUGCUGGGGGAUUACUCAUUUGGAAGUCUAACUUGGACUGAUAAUCAACAUUUGGUGAGGAUUCCGUUAGCUAUUCGCGUUAUUGAGUAUGAAUCAUUUGUGGAUAUUUAGAGUGUAUUUUUCUUGGGAAAGAGGGGUUGAGGGAGAUAAUAAGAUUAGUAC